GUUAGGUCAGGUACCACGAACGAUAGAGGCUUUCACCUAACGAGUGUCCUGUAUUUUAUGCCGAUAUUUGAACAACACCCCCUGCACUUCGAAGUUGGAUUGACUUCUUGCUUCUGCAAAAGAAUGAAGCAAGAACAAGAGCAAUAUUUGCACUUUCAUGG